UUAUUUUUUUAAGUCGUUUAUCAUGAUGGUAAAGAAGCAACUAAAGGUCAUUAUUUUGCUGAUGUAUUUUACGUGGCUCUUGGUAGAUGGUUACGAUUCGAUGAUGCAUCUGUACGUUUUGUUACUGAUAAAGAAGUGUGUCAGCCAAAACCUCCAUGUAUGCCAUACCUGCUGUAUUACAGAAGAAAUGACACAAUUGCUGCGCUCUCGGCAUUUGAUAAUAAAGGCCGAUAAAUUGUUGUAUAUAUAUAUAUAUAUAUAUAUAUAUAUAUAUAUAUAUAUUUACAUUUUUUUAAAAAAAACAAUUUUGAUAUGUAUUUUGCUUUACCCUGGGUCAUAUAUGCGAUUUAUGUAAAAACAACUAAUUACUAUUUAUAUAUAUGUAUUUUUUUUUUUUUAAAAAUUCAAAAUGGAAACCCCUUAGUGAGAUA